CCACAAAAAGAAUCAGUCAACAAAACCUCAAAAAACUGAUCACCAACACAACCACUUUCCCAUCUCCUUCCCACCCCACAAAAAUCUAUAAAACAAAACACCUUCUUACAAACCAAGCACCCAAUACCCAGAUUCCCAGAUUCCCAAAACACCUUAGAACCCAGUUUUUUGCAUCAUUUGGGACAUACCCAAAUACCAAAAACUGGUUUUCCAAGGUUUUGAAAAUCUGGGUAUUGAUUCAAUGGACAAAUCUUGGAAAAUUGCUCUGUUUUCAUGUCUUUUGAUCUCUUUAUUUGCCUCGGCCUAUGCUCAAACUUGUGCAAGCUACACUUUUUCAAGCAAUAGACUAUACUCUAAGUGCAAUGAUCUUCCAUACCUAAAUUCCUACCUUCACUGGAACUACCACCCGACAAAUGGCACGGUCGACAUAGCCUUCCGCCACACCAAUGUCGAUACAUCGACAUGGGUGGCUUGGGCACUCAACCUUAAUGGGACCGGAAUGGCUGGGUCACAAGCCCUUGUGGCCCUACACAACACCAGUGGCCUACCACAUGCCUACACGUCGUCGGUCUCCGGUUACGGUACGACGUUGGCCGAGAGUACCCUCAGCUUCAGCGUGCCGAGCCUGUCGGUCGAAUAUGUCAGCAGUGAUAUGCUCAUAUAUGCUACUUUGGUGCUUCCAAGUAAUAGAACCAGUCUUAACCAGGUUUGGCAAGCUGGACCGGUCUCCGGAGGGACUCCAGGUCAGCAUCCAAGUGGAAAUAACCUUUUAUCUACUGGGACUGUGGAUUUUCUUUCUGGGAAUACUAGUUCCAACAGUGGAGGUGUAGCUUCCCAGAUGCGAAAGAGAAAUACUCAUGGAAUACUGAAUGCAAUCAGUUGGGGCAUCUUGCUGCCGGUGGGUGCUAUAAUUGCGAGGUACUUGAAGACGUUCAAGUCAGCUGACCCAGCAUGGUUUUACCUACAUGUUACGUGCCAGUCCGCUGCCUACAUCGUUGGUGUUGCCGGAUGGGCGACCGGUCUUAAACUCGGCAGUGAUUCAGUUGGCAUUCAAUAUAACACCCACAGGAACAUUGGCAUCACUCUCUUCUGCCUUGGUACACUUCAGGUCUUUGCGCUCCUUUUGAGGCCAAAGAAGGAUCACAAGUACAGAUUAUACUGGAACAUCUACCAUUGGGGAGUUGGGUACGCCGUGAUUAUCCUAAGCAUUAUGAACAUCUUUAAGGGCUUUGAUAUCUUGAACCCAGGCAAAAGCUGGAAGAGAGCAUACAUCGGCAUCAUCAUAGCUUUGGGCUCCAUUGCCUGUAUAUUGGAAGCCUUUACAUGGUUUGUGGUACUGAGUAGGAAGAAGAAGAAUGGGUCGGAUCCAAAAUACCCUCAUGUUAGCAAUGGAGAAAAUGGAGUUAAUGGGUAUGGUGGUACUAGGUCACAACAGGUAGUAUAGAGAGAGAGCAUGGAUCACAUAGAGAGAGACACUAUGUUUUGUGGGUUGCUAUGUUUUAGAUAGUUCUUUUGGAAACCCCCAUGUGUUGUGGUGAGGGAGGUUUUGUAUUUAUUUACUAGUGAUAUAUUGUACUUUAGAGUAUAAAUUCUUUUUUUCCCUGCUGAUAUUUGACAUUUGAGCAGAUUAGAUGUGCCAUUUAGGACAGGGACACACCAUGUAUUUUUGUUGUAAUAUAAAUAAACAAAUUAAUAUACUUGGAUUUUUCUUGUUUUGUUUCA